CGAACGGACGGCGCUGUGCCUCCAGACGCGUGUCCUCAUCCUUACCUCCCCUGCUGGGAAGCUGCUCCAUGAAAGGUCUGUAAUGAGCUCACUAAAGGGUUAACUGCACCGUCCUAAAGGGCCGUGGAAUCCGGGCUCCGCAGAUUACGUCUCCUGACACGGACGUGGCUCUAAGUCUGGAGGUUUGGUCGCUGGGAGCCACACGUUGGUGAAGAGACUCCGGGAUUAGCAGGAUGCGCGGGAGCCCAACGCAGCUCACUUGGCCCCACCACGUGGACCUGUGUGUCUGACGCCUUGGAUUUGACAUGAGCCACGUGAUGGAAGAUACAAUGGGGGUGACCAAGCCAACAGCACUCAACGGGAGUAUGAGUGGAAGCGAGAGCGUUAAAGAUUUAUUCCAUGAAGAUGCGCAGGUGUCUCAGCUGCAGUCUCGGCCAUGGUGGAAGAUCCAGCUGUUUGUCUGGGAGCCGGUUCUCUUCGGGACGUGGGACGGCGUCUUCACCUCCUGCAUGAUCAAUAUUUUUGGGGUGGUGUUAUUCCUGCGGACGGGGUGGCUCGUGGGGAACACGGGGGUUCUGCUGGGGAUGUUCCUGGUGUCGUUUGUCAUCGUGGUGGCGCUGGUCACGGUGCUGUCCGGUAUCGGGGUGUGCGAGAGAUGCAGCAUUGGCAGCGGCGGCGUCUACUCCAUGAUUUCCACUGUGCUGGGGGGCAAAGUCGGGGGCACGGUCGGCCUGCUUUAUAUAUUUGGGCAGUGUGUUGCAGGCGCCAUGUACAUCACGGGCUUCGCGGAAUCCAUCGCCGACGUGCUCCGCCUGGAGAACAUCUGGGCCGUGAGGGGCAUCUCGCUGGCCGUGCUCCUGGGGCUGUUGGCCAUUAACCUGGCCGGCGUGAAAUGGAUCAUCCGGCUGCAGCUGCUGCUGCUCCUCCUGCUGGCCGUCUCCACGCUGGACUUCGUCAUCGGGUCCUUCACUCACCUGGAUCCAGAUCACGGCUUCGUCGGGUACUCCGAGGAGCUCCUGCGUAACAACACGUUCCCGGACUACAGCCCCGGGGAGACCUUCUUCACCGUGUUUGGGGUGUUUUUCCCAACAGCCACAGGAGUCAUGGCCGGCUUCAAUAUGAGCGGAGACCUGAAGCGGCCGGCCUCCGACAUCCCGCUGGGGUCCCUGGCCGCCAUCGCCAUCUCGUGGUUUCUGUACAUCGUCUUUGUCUUCCUCCUCGGGGCGAUUUGUUCCCGCGAGUUCCUCCGCUACGAGUUCAUGAUCGCGGAAAAGGUGUCCCUGGUGGGCUUCCUCUUCCUCCUGGGGCUGUAUAUCUCGUCGCUCGCCUCCUGCAUGGGGGGUCUUUACGGCGCCCCCAGAAUCCUUCAGUGCAUCGCGCAGGAGGAGGUUAUCCCGGCCCUCGCCUUCCUCGCUCACGGGAAAGGUCCAAAUAAGACCCCGGUGGCCGCGAUCUUCCUGACCGGCGUUCUGACCAUGGCCUUCGUCUUCAUCGGCCAGGUGAACAUCCUGGCGCCGAUCGUUACCAUAAACUUCAUGCUGACGUACAGCGCCGUGGACUAUUCCUACUUCUCGGUGACCAUGAGCUACGGCCUGCAGCGCGGCCCCCAGAAGGCGCGGAGAGUCGGCCCCCGGACCCCGAGCUCUGCCCAGCCGCUCAUCCUCAAUAAAAGCGCCGGCUACGGCUCCAACGGGACCCUGCUGGAGUUCACCAGAGACAUGGAUCAACUCUUCCGAGCCGGCGAUGCCGCGGCCGCCGACCAACCGCAGGACCCCGACCCGAAAAGGGCCAAGAAAGCGCGGAGGGCCCGGAAGCCGGCCAAGGAGACCCUGCAGGACAGCUUCCAGCUAGACUUCCAGGAGCGGCCGGAGGACGCGGCGCCGGGCACACCGCCGGACGAGCGAGCCCCGUACCCCCCCGAGGGCGCGGAGGAGCCGGACGACCGGAGGAGGGCCGAGGACCAAACGUUCACCGAGGACCCGCAGUCAGGGGCCGAGAGCAAAGAAGAUUUAAACAUCCAGAACAAAUCUCUCGGGUUUGAGAUCCAGAGUCUGUCGGCUUCCUUUUACUCCAAGCUCUGCAAUCAUUGGGUCUCCUUCCUGGGGGCCAUCCUGUCUAUCGUGAUCAUGUUUGUGAUCCAGUGGAUUUACGCUCUGGCAAACAUCGCCGUCGCCGUCCUCCUCUAUUUCUACAUCGGCCGCGUGAGCCCCGGACUUAAUCCAGGGGUGGCAGCGAACUUCAGCUUCUUCUCGUGGAUCCGUGGGGUGGCAGCCACGGCGUGCAGGAAGAAGCCGCCCCCCGAGGAGCACUUCGUGGUGACCCCGUCUUUCGCCUCUGUCGGCAUGGAGACCACGCAGCUGACGGAGGAGAACGCAGACUUUGCGUCCCGUGGCCGGUUCCAUCGCUCGUCCAUCAUCAGCCGGGGGCAAUUCGUUAAUCAGUUCAACUAGGAGCCCGGGAUCUCGCCGCCUGCAGUCAGAGGGCCCUGGCCACUAACUGGUUAAUCCUGCAGAUUUAUAACGUGAAAUCUUACGCUCAUCACCCCGAUCCGCGGAGGCGGAGGAUCUCCCAGCCCCGCCCACAGAGGGACGGUCCUCUAGGGGAGCCUUGGAUGAGCAGGCGCUCCAUUCCGAUUUAGUGCCAAGAAAUACAUUGGCGUUUGAGUUACCCCUGAGCGGGGCAAGUCGGGGGGGCGUGCGUUCAUCGCACGAGAGCUCACGCCGUGACUGCUGUGAACUUUAAUUACUGCUACAGAGACUAUAACUCCCAUCAUGCAAUGAGGAGAAGUACCAAUAACUGUUUUAGGUAACCUCUCUCCUGCAGCUUGUGAGAAAUACAAUUCCUAUCAUGCUCAGCCAGAGGCUCGGAUUAUUGCCCCGCGGCCCCCUGUUCCAGGGGAUAAAACCGGUUGAGACUGUCGUCGUUAUUUUGUGUAUUAAAGAUGGGGUUAAAUAACUACAUUUUGUGACAAUGCGGGGUUACAUUGUCAGGGUUUAUAGUUGCCCCCCCCGGUGGUUCACGGGGUCCCUGAAAAUAAAUGAUUUAAAAAGUUUAA